AUGGCGUCUCAUUUUGGUUACCACCUUUAUGAAAUUAAAUUUAAUGAAAAUCCUUCUAGGAAACCUUAUGACAUACCAAAUGUACUCACCAAAUUUCAUCAACACGUCCUUGCCUUGGCCUUUGCUGUGAAGGAGAUCAAUGAGAACUCCCGGAUCUUGCCUAACGUCACUCUUGGGUUCCACAUCUAUGACAGUUAUCGCAAUGCGAGGAUGACCUACCGCACCACUCUGGACCUAUGUUUCAAAUCCCAAAAAUUUCUCCCUAACUACAGAUGUGAUAGCCAGAAGAAUCUCAUGGCAAUCAUUGGAGGAUUGGAAUUUGAAACAUCAUCUUACAUAGCUGAAAUUAUAGGAUUCUUCAAGAUUCCACAAUUGACCUACGGCUCAUUAGCCCAAGAGGAAUUUAAGACCACUGGGGAAAGAGUGUCGCUGAAUGAGAAAGGGGAAGCAACAGGUGGAUUCGACAUCAUCAACUUGAUCACCUUUCCAAACAGAUCCUUUCAGAGAGUUAGAGUUGGAAAGAUGGAUCCCAACGCUCCAAAAGGGAAGGAAUUAUUUAUUGAUGAAAAUGGGAUUGUCUGGCACCCAGCUUUUAAUCAGGUUCUUCCACUUUCUAGAUGUAAUGAUCCUUGUUUCCCUGGAUCCAGGAAGAAAGGGAUUGAGGGAAAACAGUUCUGCUGCUAUGACUGUGUCCCGUGCCCCGAAGGGAAGAUUUCAAAUCAAAAUGAUAUGGAAGAUUGCGUUGAAUGUUCAGAAGAUCAUUAUCCAAAUAAAGAAAAGAAAGGAUGUAUCCUGAAACGGCUGAUCUUUCUAACUUUGGAAGAAACCUUAGGAAUUGGUUUAGCUUCAGCAGCUCUUUGUUUCUUUUUCUUGACAACUUGGGUACUCGGAACUUUUAUUAAACACAGGGAUACUCCCAUUGUCAAAGCCAAUAAUCGGUCCCUCACCUACACCCUCCUUUUCUCUCUUCAGCUCUGUUUUCUUUCCUCUUUCUUCUUCCUCAGCAAACCUGGCAAAGUGACCUGCCUUCUCAGACAAUCAAUGUUUGGCAUCACUUUCUCAGUGGCCAUUUCUAGUGUACUGGCCAAAACCAUCACUGUAGUUGUGGCUUUCAUGGCCACUAAACCAGCCUCUCAGAUGAGGAAAUGGGUGGGGAAAAGAUUGGCCUUUUCUAUUGUCCUUUCUUGCUCUCUCUUCCAGGUAUGUGUUUGUAUUCUUUGGUUGUCAACAUUUCCUCCAUUCCCUGAGUUGGACAUGCAGUCAGAGCCCCAAAAAAUGAUUUUACAAUGCAACGAGGGGUCAGCUUUCUUCUUCUACUGUGUCUUGGGCUACAUGAGUAUCUUGGCCAUCGCCAGCUUUAUUGUGGCUUUUCUUGCCCAUAAAUUACCUGACAGCUUUAACGAAGCCAAGUUCAUCACCUUCAGCAUGUUGGUCUUUUGCAGUGUGUGGCUCUCCUUCUUUCCAGCCUAUCUGAGCACAAAAGGAAAAGCCAUGGUAGCUGUGGAGAUCUUCUCCAUCUUGUCCUCCAGUGCUGCAUUACUGGGAUGCAUAUUCUUGCCAAAAUGCUACAUUAUUGUUUUUCGACCCGAGUUAAAUCAGAGACAGAACCUCAUAAAGAAAAAUUAA